AUGGACUCUUCCUUUGCCGAGAAUUAUAAUUCUUCUAACCCUUACGAAAGGGAGUACUUGCCAAUAGAGAAUUAUGGAUUGAUUGGAAAUUUACGUACAGUCGCUUUAUGUGGCAUAGAUGGGUCGAUAGAUUUCAUGUGCUAUCCAAAGUUCGAUAGCCCUUCAAUUUUUGUCAAAUUGUUAGAUCAUAAGAAGUAUUGUCCAAACUCCAACAUUCUACUGACGCGUUUCCUUGAUGAUAAAGGUGUUGGCGAAGUUACUGAUUUUAUGCACAUUCCUGAAAAAAGUCACCGUGCCGCCCCAAAACAAUUACUUCCAUGGUUAAUUCGUCAUGUCGAGGUCGUUAGGGGAGAAUCUGCCUUCCAUCUCGAACUAUUUCCCGCGUUCAAUUAUGCGAUGGACUCCCAUACGACUGAAAUUGUUGAUUAUGAAGUUACUUCAUCAAAAAAAGGAGACGUACACGAGUACGUAGGAAAUAAAAGAGUUGUAUUUUCUUCAAAAAGUCUACAAAUGGAUCUUAGAUUUGUAAUAGACGGUAAAGAUAUGGAGCCUCCGUGCAUUGAAUUUAGAACGAUCGAGAGAGAGGGACUUAAGGGACCAGGCGUGAUGGCAGAUUUUGCAUUGAAAGAGGGACAAAAGGUGGUUUUCAUAUUUAGACAAGUUCCGGUUAACAGCGAUAUCACAAAUGUUGAAGUUCUGGAUCCCGCGAUUAGUUAUCAAUUUUUAAAGAAUAUGUUCAGAGAGACUCUAAAUUUUUGGCAAUCAUGGAUAUCGCAAUCAACUUAUGUAGGAAGGUGGAGAGAAUUCGUGCAUAGGAGUGCAUUGACAUUGAAAUUGUUGACCUAUGAGCCGACAGGUGCGGUAGUGGCAGCUCCAACUUUUGGGCUCCCGGAAGAGAUUGGAGGUUUAAGAAAUUGGGACUACAGGUAUAUGUGGAUUAGAGAUUCAGCAUUCACAGUUUACGCAUUGAUGAGACUAGGAAUGACCGAAGAAGCAAAGAAUUAUGUCAGAUUUAUGGAGGAGAGGUGUCAUGAUUUGAAUGAAGACGGAUCAUUAAACAUAAUGUACACCAUCGAGGGUCAAAAAGAACUAAAGGAAAUAGAACUUGAUCAUCUAGAUGGAUACCGAGGUUCUCUUCCGGUGCGCAUAGGAAACGGAGCAUACGACCACUUGCAACUUGAUAUUUAUGGGGAACUCCUGGACGCCUUGUAUUUGUAUAAUAAAUAUGGCAGUCCGAUCUCUUAUGAUAUGUGGUUGAUUAUCAGGAAGUUGGUGAAUUAUGUGUGUGAUAACUGGAUGGUAAAGGACAUGAGCAUUUGGGAGGUUAGAGGGAGGAAAAUGAAUUUCACUUAUUCUAAAAUCAUGUGCUGGGUGGCUGUCGACAGAGGACUGAGACUGUCGGAAAAACGUGUGCUUCCGUGCCCUGAUCGAGAUAAAUGGUUAAAAGUCCGUGACACAAUUUACGAGGACAUCAUGACAGAGGCAUGGAACCCUCAGCGAAAAAUAUUCACCCAAUCUUACGAGUCAAAAGAAGUAUUGGACUCUUCCGUUUUAAUUAUGCCAAUGGUGUUUUUCAUUAGUCCGACUGAUCCAAGAUUGUUAAACACCAUUAAGCAAAUUAUGCUGCCCCCCGAUAAAGGAUUGACUGUCAACAAUCUUGUAUUCAGAUAUAACACAUCGGACACGGAUGAUGGAUUGGAUGGUUCUGAAGGCUCAUUUUCCAUGUGCACAUUCUGGUUGGUCGAAGCGUUAACACGGGCCGGGAAAUACGAUAAGGAGUUGUUGGAAAAAGCCGAAUUCAUAUUUGAGCAGAUAAUCAAAUACGCCAAUAAUUUGAUGUUGUUUAGCGAGGAGAUUGCAAAGAGUGGCGAGUUGCUGGGUAAUUUUCCGCAGGCGUUUACUCAUAUCGCCUUUAUUAGCGCCGCUUUUAACUUGGAUCGCGUGUUGGGUAAAUCAUAG